AUGUGGAGACGGUGGAAGCUGCAUCUUCGGUGGGGCCUCCGGCUCGGCGUGACCGCAGUCGCACACCGCCUCGCACACCUCGCACGUCGCACACCGUCGCCGAGCAGUGUGCGAUUCCAGAGCUUUCAGAGCAAGCACACAGCCUUGGCCCAGGAGAUCCAGGCUUUGCGAAGGUCCAUGCAGAACCGCUCUGAGCGUGCCGGGAACGAGGCCAUCUCCACCAGGGCAGCCCUUCGUGAUUUUGACCAGCGACUUUCUCGACUGGAGGCCAGGUCGGAGCGAACCGAAGAUGAGAUUCACGAGAUCCAUGAGCAGAUCGGGCGCAUUCUGGAGAUUGUAAACUCGUAG